CCUGUAGACAUAGGCAGCAGCAUCUGUGCUGUCUGUGCUCUCAUCAGUGAGCUUUGUAUAUUUCUCUAGGCUGGCUGCAGCCAAUCACAGUGCACAGGUGAACAGAGGCUGGGCAGGCUCCGCUCACAAAUACACUUCUCUUGAAGGCAAGCAGCCUUGAUCAGACAGGAUAAUACAAAGCACAGCUCGCAAACCUGUUCCUCUUCUGCCUGUGAAACUUCCCUGCUGUCAGAAUACACAGUGGCAAUGAAGGAAGACAAAGAAAGGUCAGAAAAGAGGACUUAUUUGUCCACAUGCAAGCAUCAGCUAGCGAAUGUUAUGAAAUAACAGGUGAAUGUAGUCGCAAGGAAAACAAUUGUGGCAAGAUGUUCCUUUAAGAUACCUCCAGAAUUGAGUGCAUGUUUUGCGAGCAUCACCUGGUACCUUCUGAAAAACAAAGCCAUGAUGUUUUUCUUUUGUCCUUUUUUGUCUAUGGAAUUUGGGAACAUCCACAUAAAAUGGAAAAGCAUCACUUAUGUGUUUUUGCUGUGCAUUAUCAGCAAUGUUGGUGGUGCACCUCCUGGGGUGUGUCCUCAAGGUUGCAUCUGUGCCAGUGAUAUUGCAAGCUGCACUAACAAGAGCUUGUCUACAGUGCCCAGGACAGUCUUUAAAUUUGUUCGAAGGUUGGAUUUAAGCUACAACAAAAUAAGUUUUCUGGAUCCGGACUGGUUUCCCGUAUUGUUUGAGAAAUUGCACGCUUUGAUAUUAAAUCAUAACAUUAUUAACAGCAUCUCUAGUGGUAGUUUUUCCACCAUUCCGAAUUUGAGGCAUCUUGAUUUAUCCUCCAAUCAUCUGAGGACGCUGAGUAAUCCAGUUUUUCAAGAACUUAAAAUGCUAGAAGUUCUCCUGCUUUACAACAAUCAGUUGACCCAUAUGGAUUCUGGGGCUUUUGGAGGUCUCCACAAGUUGCAGAAAUUGUAUCUGAGCUACAAUGCACUAACACAUUUCCCACUGGACUUGUAUUCUGGAAGAAGUAAACUCGCAGAACUUGUAUUGUUGGACAUAUCCCAUAAUAACUUGCAAUCUGUGCCUGUUCAGCAAAUAAGCUUAAUCUCAGCAAGGCAACUUAGUGGCAUUUACCUUCAUGAAAACCCUUUUUUAUGUGACUGCCAUCUAAACACAAUGCUAAACUUUUGGCAUCAUAGACAGUUUAGUCCAGUUGUGGAUUUUAAAACCUAUUAUGUCUGUACUUUAUUGUCUGAGCCUAAAAAAAUUCCUCUUAUACAAGACAGUUUUCUCAAUUGUUCUGAAAGUACUGUAAAUGGGUCAUAUCAUGCAUUUGGUGUGCUGUAUGAGGCUCAGGUUGGAGAAAGAUUGGUGAUACAUUGUGACAGCAAGAUUAUUGAUACCAACACUCAAUUUAUGUGGAUAAGCCCUGAAAACAGACUAUUAGAACCAGAAACCAUAGUUGAGCAUUUCCGAGUGUUUUACAAUGGGAGUCUUGAAAUUGAAGAUGCCCAAAUUGCAGAUUCUGGAAUUUAUUCAUGCAUCGCAAUAAACAAAGUAAAACAGAUUAAUGAAACCAUAGAUAUUAGAAUAACAGUAGGCAAUUUUACAAGUCACAAGUCUCAUUCACAUGAGGCAUUCAACACUGCCUUUACUACCCUAGCUGCUUGUGUAGUCAGUAUAGUUUUGGUCCUUCUCUAUCUUUAUCUCACACCCUGCCGAUGCUGCUGUAGAUCAAAGAAACAAAAAAGAAAGCAAAACCAAAGCAGUGCCCACUCCUCUGUCAUAAGUGGCACACCGUCCCAUGAGCCCCAUGCUGAAAGGAAGUCCAGCACUGGAAAACGGGUUGUAUUUUUGGAGCCUGUCAAGGAGACAGAGAAAGGCCAAAAUGGAAAAGUCAGACUGAUUAACAAUGAACAUCUUACAGCAGAGAGCAUCUUAAAGAACAGCAGAUCAAAGUCUGACUCAGAUUCUAUGAACUCUGUCUUUUCAGAUGCCCCUUUCAUUCCUAAGGUAUAAUACCUGGCUUACUUAACCUGUUCACCUAGGCAGUCAGUCUGCACCUUUGGCAUAAAAAGCAACAGUGACUCUUAACACGUACAGCUUGUGUAAACCAAUGCCUUUGUAAAUCAAAAAUUUAAUAAGGGGAAAUGAAUGUACUUCUCUAGCUACAAGCACAUACAGAAACCCAAAUUCAGGAAUUAACUUUAAAUGGUUAUUUAUAUUGUAUGCCUGUCUUUGUUUACUAGGGAUUCUUCUGUUUUAGGAAGACCAGUUUGUAUUUUUUAGCUCUGGGAAUAGUUGUACGUUUACAGGACUUGUGUUCAUGACAGUCAUCCUCUGCCCCAUUAUCAAAUGAAGGCAGUCUUGUGCAUUAUUAAAAUAUAUCUCAGCAAUGCAGGAGUAGGGAUUAAUGUAGCAAAGUAAUAUAUCAUAGAAAACAAAUCCCAGUGGACGCCUAUAUUUUUGAAGGAUCAGUCUGUCAAAAUAUUAAAGGGAGAUUAACUUCCAUUCAUACGUAGAAUCAACUUAAUUUUAACUUCAUUAACUACAUUUAUUUUAUACAGGCACAUGUUCACAAAGUGAAAUGAAAUGCCUUUGAGGCUUUAUAAGGCAAUGCUAACAGUAAUAAAGUGCAGGAGCUCCCGGCAACCACAUUUCACCUCUCAAGAACACUCACUGAAAGAUUACAGCUCAAUAGUUGUUAUGGGUAACUACACACUACACAUUGCUCUAUGCCUUAAUGUAUUCAGUAAACCUGUUUAUCUUUUGUUAAAGUCAUUCGAGUUGGUAAGGAUAUUUUUUUUUUCUCUAUUAAGAUCUAGAUAUAUUUACAAAGGUCUUUGCUGUGCAAAGAGAUUAAAGCAAGUUAAAUGUUAUUAUUGGCACACUUCUUGUCAAUAAUUGCUAGUAUACAGUAGAUGGCUAAUUUAAUAGGCAAGAAUCAAGACAAAGUAUCAUUUAUAGUCAUUUUAAAAAUGUUUAUGCUGAUUUAUUUUAUUUUUUUGCAAUGAAACCGUAAUUAUUGUAAAUCUUGUUUCAUGUUAUUUUUUUUACAUUGUUUGAUAUGUCGGAUCCUAGUCAUACCUGGUUGUUUCCAGGUAUGUUUGCACUGAUUUAACAGGUUAACCAAAAUACAUUGGUAGCUAGAUCUGUAAAUGGGUAAACCUAAAAUAAAAAUUAACUAUUUAAAUGGGGUGAUCCAUAUAUAUCUAUAACACUUGGUUAGAGCUCAGUGUUUGGUAGAGGAUUAGUAUCUUCCUUCAGUACAUUCAGUAUAUUUAUUACCUAUAGGAUAGGUUUACUAAGUUUCAGUGAUAUACUGAGCUAGCAACAAAUGUGAUAGCCAUAAUUGCUUACAUACAUACAUUUUAGAUAUAGCAUUGUUCGGGAGGCAUAUAGUAUAUGAAGGAUAGUGUGUUUCCCCAUUACAAAAUGUUCUAAUAAUAUUAUAUGUAUUUCUAAACAUCAUACAUGCAUUUUUCAUAUUUCAUUUUAAAAGACCUUUGCAUAUAUUUAUAUGUCUUUUUUUUUGCCUCAUUCCUAGUCAUUAAAGUAUGUAAGAUUCAGCAUGAUCACAUCACAGUGAUAAACACAGCACAAAUCUGGCUAGUGUUGAAGUAGAAAGCCAAGAGAUAUGUCAAUAGUCUGUUCUGUUCAAAACAUGUUCGUACAUUUAAAUUCUAGUUCAUUUUUUAUAUAAUUUCAAUACGCAUUAUUUUGCUGUGGUUAUGACUCUACAUUAACUUCAGCUGUAGGAUCAUUCUUAUUCAUUUAUUUAUUUUUCCGUGUAUGCUGCCUCAGUUGUUUGCAUUAAACCAUGACUUAAACAACAGCAAAAAGUUUAGCAUGUCUGUUUAGUUUGGUGCCAUGAAUGUAAUGAAUUUUUAAUCAGUUCAGUACAAUAAAAAAUAAUCUCUGUA